GUAAGACGUACACGUACAAGAAAGAAGCCGGAAGUUGCUCAAAUCCAAUAUGUCUGCCGUUUCCAACGCUGUGUGAACAAAACAAGAGUCGUGGAGAUGGCAGAGAUCGGAGUAGACGAGCUUUCACAGCUUGAAUAUUUGUCUUUGGUGUCGAAAGUCUGCACGGAGCUUGACAACCAUCUGGGGAUCAGUGACAAAGAUUUAGGUUUGUCAUAUUUUACCGGCUAAACCAAAGCUAACGGUAGCUAGCAUAUGCUAACUUUCUGUUGCGGUGUAGAAACACGAAAGUUUUACAAGUUUUACCAAAGAAAACUUCACUCUUAGACAUAAAACUAUACAUGUUCACUUUUCUAAUGUGUCUGAAAAUAAUGUUAUCGUGACAUUACUGAGCUGUGCAUGGUUAUCCGAAUAAUAUCGUCGUAUUUUGCCUGUUAGAGAGUCCGUUUACUGAACGAAAUGUGUCUUUUUUUUAUUGUGUUUUAAUUCCUUUCAGCUGAAUUUGUAAUCAGCCUCGCCGAAAAACAACCGGCUUUUGAUGGAUUCAAGGCCCUGCUGCUACAAAAUGGAGCAGAAUUUACUGUGAGUUUAACUCAUUUUGGUUUAACAGUCGAAAAGUAAUGUGCUUUUGUUUUUCUCUGUUGAUGAAAAAACACAAACAAACUAUGACGCUUCAAGUUUAUUGGAAAAGGCCCAGGUCCAAGGCAGAAAUAGAGACAUAAAAGGACAGACAGUUUACAUCACAUUAAUUAAAAAUAAGAGUUAAUAACGAAGGUGACAGGGUGAUAUCUAGAUCAGAGUCUAGAUGAAGUGCUCCCUUGCUCACCCCUGUCAUUGUGGUUUGUUCAGAAAGUAAUACACCUUUUUUAUUUGUUCUUAGUAUGUCCACACGUGACAAGUAUCCGCAGUGUCCUUUUAAAAUCUCAUGAUGAAAAUUUUAAGCUCUUUUAAUGUACGUUCCUCAGCAGUAAACCAUACACUGCUCCGUCUCACUUCAGCCUCCUUUCUUCUCUUCUAGGACUCCCUCAUCAGUAAUCUGCUCAGACUCAUUCAGACGAUGCGACCUCCAUCCAAGGCAUCAACCAGCAAAAGUAAGUCGGUUUAAAUGUUGAGUUUCUAAAGCGUAAAUCUACAUUUGAUUGGAAUAUCAGGAGAGAAUUUACUGAAAAACGUUGAUUCUCUUUUGUCUUCUACAGCAAAUAUUUUCAUCCUGUUCAUUCAGAGUGUUUUCUGGUCUUCAGGAUAGUUUGACAGAUCGUUUGACUGCCUCUUAUCUGUACGUUGAACGUCAUGUGUCAAUCCUGUGAUUGAUCUCAGAAGUGAUAAAUAACUCCUUCAUUUCAGACUCCGAAACGUCGAUCAAGCCCAAGUCAGAAAAAGACAAGUUGAAGGAGAUGUUUCCAGCUCUCUGCAGAGCAAAUGAUCCUGCACCAAAAGUACGAGACCUACAUUCAUUAUUUACCUUUUUGUGUGUCUUUAACUCACAACGAAUUACCCCAGAAUUUAAUAAAACACAGCUGACUGAACAAAAACAACACUGAAUAAAAGUUGAAUGGACUGUAAACCUACUUUCUUUGUUUGGUUGAUCUUCUCAGAGGCUGUUGGAUGAAGAUGAUGUGAAAGUAGCAGCUGAUGCCAUGAAAGAGCUGGAGAUGUUCAUGCCGAGUGUCAGCGGGACGGACUCCAAAAGCAGCAAGAGCAGGUUAGUCUGCCUCAGACUCUCAUUUUGAUGCAGUAUGUUUUUUGGGUGGAAAGUUAAGCUUGAACGCGACUGGUUUUAUUUCAAUUCGAGUACAAGCUGCAGUGUUUAAUGUCCUCUUAUUUUACCGCUCUCACAGGUCAGAGAAGAGCAGGCGGCACAGUCGAAGUCGCAGCAGAAGCAGAGAAAGAGACAGAGAUAGACACAGAGACCGUGAUAGAGAUCGGGACAGGGACAGAAAGAGGCGGCAUCGCUCCCGAUCCAGAUCCAGGUCCAGAUCUCGCUCCAGGGACCGUGAUCGGCACAGAGACAGAGAGAGGGACAGAGACAGAGACAGGGAUCGCGGCAAAAGGAAAGACAAAUCUUCUCGAUGGUCAGAACGCUCACCCAGUCCCAAAAAAGAUCAAGACAGAGACUCUGAUCGUUGGAAAGACAAACACGUGGACCGCCCUCCACCAGAGGAACCGUCUGUAGGUGACAUCUACAACGGGAAGGUCACGAGUAUCAUGCAGUUUGGAUGCUUUGUUCAGCUGGAGGGGUUAAGGUCAGUAUAAAAACCAAUAACCGCAGAUUUACAUGACUCAGAGGAGACAUCUCAGCUCACUAAUGACACACCAUCUCCGUCUGUCUCCGUCCCUUCAAUUGUAGGAAGCGAUGGGAGGGUUUGGUCCACAUAUCCGAGCUGCGUAGAGAGGGCCGUGUAGCCAACGUGGCUGAUGUGGUCAGCAAAGGCCAGAGAGUGAAAAUCAAGGUGCUGUCGUUCACAGGCUCCAAGACCAGCCUCAGUAUGAAGGUAAGAAGUACAGACUUACUCAGCUUUUAAAACCGAGUCUGAAGGUUCUUUUUCGGGAUUCAUGUUUGAAAAUGAUUGAAACUUUUUCUCUUUGUGUAAGACGAUGUCAAAAGUUUGGUGAAAGAACGUUUUAGGGUCUAUAACCAAACACCCCUUUUAACCGUUCAAGGAUCAUUACUGUUAAUAAACAUCAUCUUUGUUCAGGACGUGGACCAAGAGACCGGAGAAGACCUGAACCCCAACAGGAGAAGGAACAUCGGUCCGGACGGAGGGGAGGAGAUAUCCAUGAGGAACCCUGACCGGCCGAGUAACCUGAACCUGGGCCACGCACCCGAGCUGGAGCAGGAUGACACGCUGGAGCGCAAGAGGCUCACCAAAAUAUCCGACCCAGAGAAGUGGGAGAUCAAACAGGUGAUUUGGAGUUUAUUCAUGCGGGACAUCUUUACAGAUCAAAGUUUCUCAAAGUGCUCCACAGUGAACCAGAAUAACACAAGAACACUCUUCAUUUGUCUUUAGAUGAUCGCUGCCAACGUCCUGUCCAAAGAAGAGUUUCCUGAUUUUGACGAUGAGACGGGAAUCCUUCCAAAAGUUGAUGAUGAAGAAGGUAAAAAAAUGUUUGAAUAUCAGACAAAUAUCUUUUCUUUUUUCUCCACAAAUUAAUGUUUCGGAGGUUUGAAAUUGAAGAUGGUAUGAGAAGCUUGUCAAGCAGAAACAGGGUCAUGUGAUUCUCCUGAACAGCCUUGUCUUAUUCACAGAAAAUGACUGAGAUCAGAUGGUCGUGUGUGUUGUGUAACAGUAAAUAUGAUUAAGAGUGAUCGGUGUUUUAAUUAAUCUAAUUCUCUUUUGUCCAGAUGAGGAUUUGGAAAUCGAGCUGGUUGAAGAAGAACCUCCAUUCCUGAGAGGACACACCAAACAGAGCAUGGACAUGAGCCCUGUCAAGAUCGUGAAGGUAUGGCACAUGUGAACACAUGUGCACAUGACCACAUGAGACCGCUUCAGUUUAAAAUUACAUUUGACCCUUCAAAAAAAAAAAGGAACAAACCCACCACAUGUCCUUUAUUUCCCUCUGCCCCCAGAAUCCAGAUGGCUCCCUGUCUCAGGCGGCCAUGAUGCAGAGCGCUCUGGCGAAGGAGAGACGAGAGCUGAAGCAGGCUGCUCGAGAGGCAGAGAUGGACUCCAUCCCCAUGGGGCUUAAUAAACACUGGGUCGACCCGCUGCCAGACGGUGAGGAAUCCGUGCAUGUGCAUGUUAAUUUGAUUCUUGGUCGCAGAUGUUGAUGCUGUUGUUUGACUCUUACAAUCAAUUUGAAGCCAUUCGACAUAUGUGAGCGUGAAUUUAAUAAAUCAGACAAUUCCUGCCUUUUUAAUAAAACCCAGAUCUUAAAGAGUCAAGUCACUAAACAUGGAUAAACAGAAUUUGAUGGUUUGUUUAUUAUUUUAACCCCAUAUUUAAAGGGAAAGUCGUAGUAAAAUCAUUAUUUAAGAGAAAAAAGUCGUAAUAAAAUCAUUAUUUACAAGAAUAAAGUCGUAAAGUAAAUGAAGUCUUCAAGCUGCUUUUGUGGAGGAGGAAAUGUCUGAACUGGUCAACUGCAGAGUUAUCAGUGGGCCAUUCAGAGAGUUUUUGUGGUUUCUUAAGAAACAAUCCAACUGAUGAUGAUCAACAUUUACGAUUCAGAGGGGGUCGAACUCUGACGAGCACCGUGUCUGUCUCUGAUGUCGGCACAACACCGGCAGCAACCUUCACCCGCAGAGGCACCAACACCUGAUGGCAUAUAGAUUCAUACAUUAAACUAAAGUCAUAUGAAACUAUUGCUAUAAACGGCUGCAUUGAGGGAUUUAACCUCUGCACAGACAUUUCCCCCUCCUUAAAAACAGCGAUUCCCUACAAGUCCUUCUGGUUCUUUCUGCAGUAAAGAUGCAUUUCUUGCAUAUGUAUCCUGAUACUUCUGACAACGUGAUGCUGAAACACCAAAGGAUUAAGUAUCUCCUUGUUUGUGAAACUUAGCCACUGAAGUUCAACUCAUCUAAAUGCUCCACAGCGCUCAUUCAAACAACAGGUUCGAAUAUUAGACUUUAUUCUCGUAAGAAAUGAUUUUAUUAAGUUUGUAAGUAAUUAUGUCUUACUUUUUUUUUUCUCAAUGUGGCCCUAAUAAUCCGUCGUAGAAUAGUACAAAAACAUUAUCUCUUUAUGAAAGAUAUAAACUCAUUUUAAAUCCGACACCACCAGCACGUUAAAAAAAGUCUGGGACAGGAACAGGUUCAUUCAGCUCCGGGUUUUAGUAUCUUAUGUUUGGUGUCAUGAUGCUCCAAAUGUUUUUCAACAAGUCAGGACCUCAUCAGUCCAGUUUCUCAGCAGGACUCUUCUCCUACAGAGCCAUGCUGUUGUAAUCCCUGUUGUCAGAAUGUGGUUUUUGAUCAUAUGAAGGUCUAAGGCGAAACGUCCCAAGUAAGUCCAGUUGUCCUUUCCAAAAGAGUGUUAGAUUUUGAUUCAUCAGACCUCAGGACAGUUCAUGGACAAGUGAUAUUAAGCCCAUGCGGUGACUCCAACUACAGAGUUCUGAUGCUCCUAAACCUGUAGAUAUAGUUCAGCAUUAAUGGAGCCCUCACAGAUGUGGGAGAUACCCACGACGUGAACUCUGAUGAUCCCCAAACCAUCAGGGGUGCUGGAUUUAAGCUGUACGCUGAGAUGAGGUUUGCUCUUCCAUAUAUGUUUCUGACCUUCUGGAGUUUGUUUCUGAUUGGAUAGAAAAGUCCUGAUCUGGUUCACCGUGUUUGUUUCAGGUCAUCGACAAUUUUCCCAGAAGUGGAAAUGAUAAUCUGGCUUUUACUGGCCGAGUCAUUUAUCUAAGCACUCUUCUUCUGUGUCUGACAGCUGAUGGUCGGCAGAUUGCAGCCAACAUGAGAGGCAUUGGCAUGAUGCCCAACGACAUCCCGGAGUGGAAGAAGCACGCUUUCGGAGGCAACAAGGCCUCCUAUGGAAAGAAGACCCAGCUCUCCAUCCUGGAGCAGAGAGAGAGUCUGCCCAUCUACAAGCUGAAGGAGCAGCUCAUUCAGGUUUGAGCCGCUUCCAAAACAAAACCCAAAGGGGGUCUCCUUCACACAGAGUCAGUUUAAUGCGGCACAUUAGAGAGUAUAAUUGAAUCUGAUUAGGGUCGACUGAAAAUGUGAUUACCCUUUAACAAGCAGAUGUGCCAGCUUUGAGAUGUGCUGAAUGGAACAUCUGCCAAAUGUAAAUGACCAGAUUUUCCCACUUUUGGUGAUUAGAUUUUCUCUUCUGCUGACAAAAUGUGAUUAUCGAGUAAUUAAAGCAGGAAUAUGGUCGAAGAUCAGCAUCAAAUUUAACGUCUUUUACUUAUAUCUGAAAAAACAAAAAGCAGGAAAAGUGCUCUUUCAUUUUCUCCCCUCUUUUGGUCAUCCGUCACAGGCCGUUCAUGACAAUCAGAUCCUGAUUGUUAUUGGAGAGACGGGUUCCGGUAAGACCACCCAGAUCACUCAGUACCUGGCAGAGGCCGGUUACACCACCCGGGGGAAGAUCGGCUGCACGCAGCCUCGUCGUGUGGCCGCCAUGUCCGUGGCAAAGAGAGUCUCAGAGGAGUAUGGUUGCUGUUUAGGACAAGAGGUGAGUGAAUCGAACAUGUUAAUAUAAUGAGAUUUUUAUUUGGUGUGUGUGUGUUGUUUUCUUGGCUUUGAGGAAAACUUUGAGAGGGAUUCAUCCUGUGGAAACCCAUUUAUCUAAAUCCUCACACAGCUCCCAGCUCCUCUCUUCUUCAUCUUUUUUUCACUCCUGAAAUCUGGAGAAGAACGUUUAUAUUUUUGUCUUUACAUCCUCUAGUUUCCUCUUUGUAGAUGGUGUUAUUCUUACCCUAAAGUUAAAAACAGCCAAAUAACUUCAGUUUGGGACAAAAACAAAACAUAACUCAAGUUUUAUGAACAUAACAGGAUGAGAAAUCUGCUUCUGUAAACUUCUACUUCAUUACAGAUUCACUCUCGGAUGAUUACUCAUGUUAUUGUAAACCAUUAUUGAUUUGUAAUAUGGUGUAAACAUUUGAGACGAGUACAGGGACACUGCAGUACCAAGAAAAAAUACAAACUGUUCUUUCUGCUGAGGUUUCGUUUGUGACCAAGUUUUCCUUCAACUCGUUGAUCAACUUCCUGGCUACACUUGCAGAACACUUCAGGGGCCUUAUUUAUCAACCGUGCGCACGCACAGAUGUGUGCGUAAUGAGUGUGUAUGGAAUUUAUCAACUUGUACUUGUUCUUAGGAAUGUGCGUAAAUUUAAGCACGAUGACCAUGCUUACACACAGAAUCUAGUGGUAGAAUAGUGAAACGACAAAUAGAACCCAUUAAAGGAGUCACUCAAGUCAUCUCAAACUUCACACAUGUUCCCCGUUGCCUCUAAUUAAUAAAAUUGAUUAAUUAGUUAUUUAUCAGACAUUUUGAAUGAUUGGUGUGACAAGCUAUACAAAUCAGCUAUAACAGGACAACCUCAAAAGAAGUACAAAUACAAGUAUCACAGUUUAUUUUGUGCUAUUGGAGGACUUGGAGAAUGGAUUUAUGCCGUGAUUUACAACCCGUGUUGGAGCAAGAGGCAAAACGCACCAAAGCCAUCCCAGUGCACAUCCAGCUCCUGUCCACCUUAAUCCGAACAUUUCAGCGUAUGCAGCAUUUCGCAGCCAAUGCUAAGCAGAAUCAUGCCGACAGAGUAAUUUCUCUGGCCUCAAUUUACAUCCAGUUCCCGUAAUAAAUUCCUGAAAUAAAAUGAGGAUUUCACGCCAUCGCCGGAUACCCAAACAUAAUUGGAGCCAUAGAUUGCAGCCACAUCAUGAUAAAAGCACCUUCACACAAUAAAUUCAGUUUUGUCAACAGGAAAAGAUUUCAUUCAAUCAAUGCACAAAUAAUCUGCGAUGCACAUAUGUAUCUGUUAAACAUUGUCUGGAGGAACGCACGACUCUCUGUGAAUGUCUACCUCUAUGAUUUCGGCAAGGGGGAAAAAAAUUCAUCCACGCAUUUUUAAAGCAAUUUUUGAUACCAUAUAUGGUCAAUUGGAGGUGUUUCUGAAUACAAAUGACUCAAACCAUGCACGAGCACGCUAGGAAAGAACAGGUGGGAUUUAUCUCCACCGAUUACUUACAUGUGUUCGUACGACCGUAUCCACAUGUUUGAUAAAUGCAGAUUUUUUUGUACUGCCGUCUGUUGUGUCGGCACGGCAGGGUUCUUGUUGGCACAGCGAGCCAUCAUGAUCAGCUGAUUUUAGGAGACACACUGACUGUUUGUGUUUGUUUCCUAAUCUGAAAUAUGUUCUUUUUUACAAAUACCUUUUGUCUAGGUGGGCUACACCAUCCGUUUUGAGGACUGCACCAGCCCUGAGACGGUGAUCAAAUACAUGACAGACGGUAUGCUGCUGAGAGAGUGUCUGAUCGACUCUGAGCUGGGCCAGUACGCCAUCAUCAUGUUGGAUGAAGCUCACGAGAGGACAAUCCACACUGACGUUCUCUUCGGUUUGCUCAAGAAGGUAAGAAACAUCAGCAGAGACUUGUGUGUUCAGGGAGAUCUGUUUCUCAUCGUGGGUUAAAUCAGAGCGAACUGAGCGCUGCUGUUUUUAUUCAUCUCAGACGGUACAGAAACGCACAGACAUGAAGUUGAUCGUCACAUCAGCCACUCUGGACGCUGUGAAGUUCUCACAGUACUUCUACGAGGCACCCAUCUUCACCAUCCCGGGAAGAACGUACCCAGUGGAGGUGCUCUACACCAAAGAACCUGAAACAGACUACCUGGAUGCCAGCCUCAUCACGGUCAUGCAGAUUCAUUUGACCGAGCCUCCAGGUACGAGUUUAAACCCGUCUAGUUUUCCCGUCGUUUCUCCCUCACAGCGGGUCACAUCUAAGUCAUCCUUCUUCCUCUUCUCUGUCCAGGCGACAUCCUGGUGUUUCUGACGGGUCAGGAGGAGAUCGAUACGGCGUGUGAGAUCCUGUAUGAGAGGAUGAAGUCUCUGGGGCCCGAUGUUCCUGAGCUGAUUAUUCUGCCUGUUUAUUCUGCUCUGCCCAGUGAGAUGCAGACCAGGAUCUUUGACCCUGCACCUCCAGGCAGCAGAAAGGUGCCGGCAUCCAAUUAUUGCAAAGUUGCACAGUAUCAGUGAACAUCGAUGGUCUUGUCUGACCUCUAAAUUAGACUUUGGAGUGUUUUCUGAGUCCCGUAAACGACCUUCAUAUCUUAUUUUUCUCUUAGGUGGUUAUUGCCACAAACAUUGCUGAGACGUCUCUGACCAUUGAUGGAAUCUACUACGUGGUGGAUCCUGGUUUUGUCAAACAAAAAGUCUACAACUCCAAGACAGGAAUCGACCAGCUGGUGGUGACUCCCAUCUCACAGGUGCAGCACAACAUCAACAAAGUUAGACUCGAUUUUCUAAAGAGUCUGAGUUUGUAGUCGGUGAGAUUUCUCACGACCGUUUUUGACUUCAGGCCCAGGCUAAGCAGAGAGCAGGCCGAGCCGGGAGAACCGGUCCAGGAAAGUGUUACAGACUCUACACAGAGAGAGCCUACAGAGACGAGAUGCUGACCACCAACGUGCCUGAGAUCCAGAGGACCAACUUGGCCAGUACUGUGCUGUCUCUGAAGGUGAACGCACUGAAACGAACAUGCUCUGAUACGUCCUACAAGUGAACCUUUUCUCACAUUUGCUCUGUCUUCCUUUAACUCCCUCCUCCAGGCCAUGGGCAUCAAUGACCUCCUGUCUUUUGACUUCAUGGACGCUCCUCCCAUGGAGACUCUGAUCACGGCCAUGGAGCAGCUCUACACUUUGGGAGCUCUGGAUGAUGAAGGUUUACUCACACGGCUGGGGAGACGGGUGAGGAAUUCUUCUACUGAGUUAUUUUCCAGGAGAAGAUCAGAAUAAAUAAACAUCAGGUAACAUUCUGACGCUCUGACUCGCUCUCCUAGAUGGCCGAGUUUCCUCUGGAGCCCAUGCUGUGUAAGAUGUUGAUCAUGUCCGUCCAUCUGGGCUGCAGCGAGGAGAUGCUCACCAUCGUGUCCAUGCUGUCUGUGCAGAACGUCUUCUACAGACCAAAGGUGAGCACACCACUAAACCUCAUCUACAUCUGCAGGGCGUGUUUUCCAACCUGACAAGUUGACUCAUGAGGCUUUAGGAUGUGAAUGGACUCCAAAGUAUCGUAAGGCAUCCUUGAGCCAACAGUUAAUGACAUCUGUGUCCAAGAGGAAGACCAUGAGGGGAUUUGGUGGACGUUUAAUCUCAAGUUUCUGUGUAUGAAGAUAACAUCUUUUUCUCUGUGUGUUUCAGGACAAGCAGGCCUUGGCCGAUCAGAAGAAAGCAAAGUUUCACCAGCCUGAAGGAGAUCACCUGACCCUGCUGGCUGUCUACAACUCCUGGAAGAACAAUAAGUUUUCAAACCCCUGGUGUUACGAGAACUUCAUCCAGGCUCGCUCCUUACGCAGAGCUCAGGACAUCCGCAAACAGAUGCUGGGCAUCAUGGACAGGUACGGAGGAGUAACUCCGACUCUCUCUCACAUCUUAUUCUUCCUCUCUCUGUUUCCUCAUCAACUUUUUAACAAACUCCUCUCUGUUCAGACACAAACUGGAUGUGGUUUCUUGUGGGAAGGCCACAGUGCGGGUCCAGAAAGCUAUCUGCAGUGGUUUCUUCAGGAACGCAGCCAAGAAGGAUCCUCAGGAGGGCUACAGGACACUUAUAGACCAACAAGUCGUCUACAUCCACCCCUCCAGUGCUCUGUUCAACCGGCAACCUGAGUGGUAAGACGAAAACUGUGCCCCACUUUUCUCACACUAAGUCCAGAAACAAAUCCGAGAAAGUGACGUCCCGCUUCUUAUCUCCAGGGUUGUGUAUCACGAGUUGGUCCUGACCACAAAGGAGUACAUGCGAGAGGUGACCACCAUCGACCCGCGCUGGCUGGUGGAGUUCUCUCCAGCCUUCUUCAAAGUGUCCGACCCAACCCGCCUCAGCAAACAGAAGAAACAACAACGCCUGGAGCCUCUUUACAACCGCUACGAGGAACCCAACGCCUGGAGAAUCUCUCGCGCCUUCAGACGCCGUUAAGUCGGAAGUCGUUAAAACAAACUUUGAAGGUUUCGGCAGAGAUAGAAAAGUCAGGUGCAGCAGAGAAAAUACGAUCAAUCCUCUGGUUUGUUUGUCACCGGCUUUUUUUUUUUUUUUAAACUGUAAACAAUGUAGAUUUUUCCCUUCAGCAGGUCCUAAAAGUUCCUGUUUUCAAAUUUUAGUGUCAUAUUUUAGAAAAUUUGGAUCAUUUCCUUUUCAUCGCACUAAAACAGAAAGAAGAAAACAGCCCCUCAUCUGUGAGAAGAUCCUCUAACACAGUCGACUAUUUAUUUUGAUACUCUAUAAAUUGUAUGACCGUGAUGUUUUAAGUCAGACUGGAUAGGAUUGUAUUUGGACCUUUUGGCUGUAAGACUGUAAAAACGAAACAACAUGUUCAUGUUUGGUAGAUUUUGUACUAUUGGACAGUUUGAGAUCACUUGUCUGUAUCAAAGACUUGUUUAGCCGUACAUGACAAUGAAAUGAUGCAAAUGUGUCCUCAUUAAACUCCGUUUUCUUAA